UUCACCAUGUGCAUGUCAUAAUUUAAAUUUGUUGUUGGGUAAUAUAGCAAAGAAUUCCACCGUAGCGGUUGGGUUUUUUGGCACCAUACAAAGGAUAUAUUGUUUGUUUGCAUCUUCCAUAAAACGCUGGGAUAUUUUAAAAAAACAUUGUACAUUUUUAACACUAAAGCCACUUUCAGAAACCAGAUGGGAAUGUAAAGUUAACAGUAUCAAAGCUAUACGUUACCAAGUACCCGAACUUUUUAGAGCAUUAGAAGAAGUGGCUUAUACAACUUCAGAUUCAAAAACGAAAAGUGAAGCUCAGUCAUUAGCUUCAAAUGAACUAGAAAGCUAUGAAUUUAUUCUUAGUUUGGUCAUUUAGUAUGAAAUAUUAGUCGAGGUAAAUACUGUAAACAAAACUUUACAAAACAUUAAUAUUCAUUUGGACAAAUGUAGUAACCUUUUAAAUGGUCUUUUAGAAUUUUUAAAAUCAUUUCGAAUGAAUGGUUUUGAAUCAUCAAAAAUUAAAGCUAAUGAAAUAGUAGAUAUCAUGAAUAUUAAUAAAACAUUUAAAAAGAAGCGUCUUAGAAAGACAAAAAAACAAUUUGAUUAUGAAAAUUCUGAUGAAAUAAAUGAUGAUCCAGAAAAAAAUUUCCGAACAUUUUAUUUUAAUGUAAUUGCCGAUGGAGCUUUAUCGUCAUUUAAUGAACGAUUUAAUCAAUUUCAAAUUUAUAACAACAAUUUCAGUUUCUUAUACAAUAUUAGUGAACUCCGAAAAAUAACAAAUGACGACCUUAUGAAGAUUUGUUUAAAUUUACAAAAUUAUUUAAGUGAUGGAGAUUCAUAUGACAUAGUUGCUUCUGAAUUGUAUGAAGAGUUACUAGUUUUUCGUCAUACAGUGAAAGAAGAUUCUACUCCUAUAGGAGCACUCAGUUUUUUAAAAACAAUGCCUGGUUCUUUUACUGCUUUUCCUAACAUAGUUAUUUCACUCCGAAUUUUGUUAACCAUAACAAUAACCUCAGCUUCAGCAGAAAGGAGUUUUUCAAAGCUCAAAAUAAUCAAAAAUUACCUCAGAAACACAAUGUCUCAAAAACGAUUGACUGAAUUGGCUAUGAUUGCAAUAGAAAAUGAAGUAGCUAACACACUGGACUUUAAAAAUGUUAUAGAAUUGUUUGCGUCCAAAAAAUCUAGGAAAAAAUUUUAA